UUUACAGUAAAAGUCAGGUCACUAUUAAUUAUCUAAAAAUUAUUUUGAGUUACUUUAGAAUAAAUGGGCCCAAAAAUCAAAUUAGAUUUGCUUGCAGAUUUACAUGUCUACUUAUUUUCAAUUGUAAUUUAAUUCACACAAGUUGAGAGAAAAAGUAAAAUGGAUCGCAUCUAGAAAUUUUUAACCUUAAAAUUAAAUACUAUUUAUUAUACAAGUAAGCAUAGUUAAUUUGAGUUUUUUAAAGAACGGCAAAAAAUUCACGUUUUUUAAAUACAUUUGGAGGUGUAAUUGAAAAAAGGCAGUAAUUAUGAUGGAAAUGGAGAUGAAUACAGAAUUGGAGAGGGAUGGUGGAAGUGAAGAAGCUGAACAAUCUUCUGAGGGAAGUUCGGCUGGAACUAUAUUUUGUACUUUGGAACAAGAUUUUGCACGGAUUAUAAAAGACAUGAAAAGCAAUGAAACACUGGCUGCUUACGAAGCAGAAUACUCAAGACUGUUCGAAUCUUUAUAUAAGACUCAUAAAAAUGAAGAUGAAUUGUCAGAAAAGUGUAGACUGUUACAGGAAGAAUCAAUGCAAUAUGCGGAAAGAAUAGAAGAUCUAGAAAAGAUCGUCGAAGUCGACGAACAAAAUAUCAGCAAGCUAAAACAGGAAAUCAACAACGCAUUGAAACUGGCGGACGCUGCUCAUUCUCGAGAGCAAAAUGCUCAAGAAACAAUAGAAAAUCUACGAGAUGCUAUCAAGAAACUACAGCAGGAUAUUAGUCAAAAAGAUAAAUUAGCCUCGGAACAAGUAACAUUGGUGGGCAAACAAAAGGAAGGUUUGGUACCCGAACGUGACAAGCUAACGAGCGAGAUUGAAACGUUACGAGAACGCGUAAAAGCCACGUCAAAGUACAACAGCGAACUUGAAAAGAGGGUCACGAAGCUUGAAACUCAAGUGACGGAAACUCAAGAAAAUUUAGACGCACAGUUAAACGAGUAUUCUAAAGAGCGACGAGCUAAAGAAAAAGCCGAGGAAAUUAUCCAGCAACUCCAAGAGGAAAUAAAGACAAAAGUCAAUGAAUUGCAGACUGCAAGUUUGUCAGUAAAAACCGUGGGAAGUCUAUCCACAAAACUGGAAACUCAAUUCAAGGAGCAAAAACAUGCAAAUGAAAAUUUGCAACAGGAGAAUAAUAAACUUCUCAUGAAGGAAAUGAAUAUGCAGUCAGAGAUUCAUCGUUUGAAUGCCCAGAAAAAUGAUCUUGAAAAGAAAUUGGCCGAAAGUGGGAGGGAUAAUGAUAUCAUGAAACUGGAAAUCCAAAAGAUACGUGAUGAAAUCUCGAAAUACAAAUCAGAGAAGGAAUUCAUGUCGAAAAAAGUUAUUAGGAUAGACAGAAUGCGAAACUCAAUUGAAGAUGAAUUAAAGCAAGCUCAAAUUAGUCACAAAAAUGCUGAAUUAGAAGUGUAUUCUCUGCAAAAAUUCCUUGAGGACGAGAAAAAGUUGAAAGACAAAGCUAUUCGUGAAAAGGAAAGUUUAGGAAAAACGAUAGCAAACUUGAAAGAAACGAUUACAUCCUUGCAACUGGAAGCAAAUGUCCAAGAUCAAAUACGAAAAAAAAUGGAGACGAAUCUCGAAGAUGUUGGGCAACUUAUUGAUGUGUCAAAGAGAAAGAUCUUGUAUCUUGAGAAAGAAAGAGACAAAUACUCUCAUGAGACAAAGGAACUUGUAGCUCAGGUAGACGACCACAUGGACGAAAUGAGAAUGAAAAGAGCAGAGAUAUCAGAUUUAAAAAAAUGUUUAUACGAGUCCGAAUCGAAGUAUCGACAACUUCAAAAUUCCUUUGAAAUUUUGAAGGCGGAAAAGAUCAGUAUAGUGAAAAAUUUAACGGAAACACAAGACGAAAUUCGAGAAUUGAAGCACAGAUUGAAAGUUGCAAAUAAACAAGUCGAGCAAGUUAAAGAAGAAGUUACAAUAAAAGAAGCGAGCAUAACGAAUGGAGAAUUUUUAUUGGGAAAGGCAGAAAAAGAAAAAGAAGACAUAAAAGUGGAGCUGCAAACAACUCGUAAAACGGUGUCGUCCUUGCGGCAUAAAAUUGAGGAAAUGAAGAAAGAAGAAAAAAAUUUAAGACAAAACGAGCACCAAGCUCAGAUUGAAAUUAAUCAACAAAAGAAGGAAAUUGAUGCUGUUUUAGUUGAACGUGAUGUUCUUGGUACUCAACUCGUAAGAAGAAAUGACGAGAUUGCUCUUCUUUACAGCAAAAUUAAAGUACUAGAGGGAACAAUUCAACGUGAAGAAUGCCAAUAUUCCCAGAAACUCGAUGAAAUAAGAUUACUAAAGUUAGAAUUGCAAAAGUUGCAGAGUGAAAAAAAUCUUUUGAUCAAAAAUAUGAAAAAUUCGAGUGACCUGAGAUUAGAAAUCUUCCAUUUGGAACAAAAUUUGACAAAGGAAAGAUUAAAAGUCACUGCAUUGGAGGAAGAACUGCAGAACCCGCUAAAUGUUCAUCGAUGGAGAAAAUUGGAGGGUACUGAUCCUGAUUCUUUUGAACUGCUGCAAAAGGUUCAAAUUCUGCAAAAGCGAGUUCUGAAAAUGUCUUCAGAAAUGAUAAAUAAGGAAAAAACUAUCAAGUAUACUGAAAAACUCUAUGCAAACGUUCGAGAAAUGCUAAUUAAACAACCUGGACCAGAAGUUGUGGAAGUUCUGUCGAAAACCCAAAAAAGUCUGGUAGAAAGAGGCAACAAAAUGAAGUGUAUUCUGGCUGAAAGGAAUAUGUUUGAAUCUUUGACAAACGAACAAACAUUCGAAAUUGAGAGGCUGAAAAAAGAGCUGAAUGAUUUUAAAGCCAAAUAUUUUAAAUUGAAAAAGAGAGAAGAGAACUUCAGUAAGAAUUUAGAAAUGAAAGAAUUGACAGAAGCUAUUCUGCCAGCAAUUUCACCUUCAGAGAAAAAAAUUUAUGGCGGAGGUUUCAAUAUGAAUGUGAAUACGCCAACUAAUUUACAAAAAUUGAACACAUAAAAUGUAUUUGAAUAUGUAUAUUGUACAUAAAU